AUGGAACCGAGCACAGCGUCGACGGGAAGACCUCGGUAUGGAAAGGGACUUGCGCUACUUUCACUAGACGGCGGAGGUAUCCGUGGUCUGUCGUCGCUGUACAUUUUACAACGUCUUAUGGAGCAGCUGGAUCCCGAGAACCCACCAAGGCCUUGCGAGUGUUUCGACCUUAUCGGUGGCACGUCUACGGGCGGACUCAUUGCACUCAUGCUAGGGCGCCUGCGUAUGACGGUCGCGGAAUGCAUCGAUGCAUACCACGAGCUUAUGCCGGCUAUCUUUGAGAAGGCCAAGCACCGCUACUCUAUCAGCAAGGGUAAACUCCAGGGGAGAUACGAUGGUAAAGCUAUAGAAGAGGGGGUUAAGCGCAUACUCAUGGAACGUAAUAUUAGACCAGACGAGCUUCUCAAAGACCCCGGCUCCACAUGCAGAACAUUUGUCUGUGUAACCAGGAAGACCGGUUCACAGAUAACGCUUUUCUCCAAUUACCCCAUACAACGCCGAUCGCGAGACUUGUACAACGCGGUGAAGAUAUGGGAGGCAGCUCGUGCUACUUCAGCCGCGACAACCUUCUUCGAACCCAUCAAGAUCCUCCACGAAGAGUUUGUGGACGGUGCCUUUGGUGCGAACAACCCGAUCGACGAAGUAUGGACGGAAGCUGGUGACAUAUGGACACGCAAUACUGGAGAAACACUAGAAGAUAACAUAAGUUGUUUUGUGUCCAUUGGAACUGGUAUACCGGCUUUUGGAAAAGUUGACGAGUCACUCGUUGGUAUGGUUCAGACGCUGAAAGCGAUAGCUACCAACUGUGAGAGCGCCGCCGAGAGAUUUCAACGACACCAUCCUGCGCUCGACGGGCGUUUCUUCCGUUUCAACGUGCCAAGAGGUCUUGAGAAUAUAGGGCUGGAAGAGAUCAACAAGGCAGGCGACCUCAUCGCUGCUACCAGACAGUAUCUAGAGUCACAAUCGGCUUUCCUCGAUAUCGAAAAGUUCCAGUCGGCCUUUCAGCAGCGACAGCGUACGUACCCUACGGAGCAGAGGGAAAGCGGACUGUCCAGCUGA